GCGCGGCCCCCCGAGCGCGGCCGGAAACGCGGGCUCCCACUUGGGGCGCUGCGGGCGCCCGCACCGACGCCGCCUCCAGGAAGCCAAAAAAAAGAGAGAAACGGAAAAGCGAAAAGGGAGAGCGCGGCGAGGGGAGGAGAGCGGGAGCAGCCGCGCCCGCCCACCCGCCCGCCCGGCGUCCCGCGGCCGGCCCCGAGGGGCGCGCAGGCAUCAUGGCCCAGGUCGCAAUGUCCACCCUCCCCGUGGAGAAGGAGGAGCCGUCGGAGAGCAGGAUGGUGGUGACCUUCCUCAUGUCCGCCCUGGAGUCCAUGUGCAAAGAGCUGGCCAAGUCCAAGGCGGAGGUGGCCUGCAUCGCCGUGUACGAGACCGACGUGUUCGUCGUGGGCACCGAGCGGGGACGCGCCUUCAUCAGCGCCAGGACGGACCUGCAGAAGGACUUUGCCCGCUACUGCACAGCGGAGGGGCUGCCCGAAACCCUGCCCGCUGAGGAGAAGCCCAUGGACGCAGGGGAAAGGGACGCUCUCCAGAAGGCCGUGGAGGACCACUUCCGCUCCAGCUACGGGCGAGCCCUGGGGGUGCUGGCGCCCGUGCCUGUCCCCUACGAGCAGGCGCUGGGAGAAGGCGCGGCCCUGGCGGCGCGGGGGCUCCCCCCGGCAGUCGCCUUGCAGCCCCCCGAGAACUACGACCUGGAGACUCUUCGGUGGAUCGUGGAGAACAAGGCCGGGGUCUCCAUCGUCAUAAACAGGCCUUUCCUGGGCCCCGGCACUCGGCUGGAGGGGCCCGGCCCGGGGCCAGCGCCCGAGAGCUCCUCGCGGGCACCCCGGGAGAGCUGCGGCUCCAUCAGCGUGAAAACGGAGCCCAUGGAAGAUUCCGGCUUGUCUCUGAAAGCAGCAGCCGUGUCGGUCAAGAGAGAGUCGGAAGAGCCCAGUUACCACCCAUACGACACGGCAGGAGGCCCGCGUUCUCCCUGCGGUGGUGAAGGCCCGGACGUGGAGCUGCCCAUGGAAGAUUCUUCUCACCAUGGCCCAUCUGAAUCGAGCGAAGACCUGGAGGCCGAGGUGAAAACUGAAGGAGACCGCGGUUCCGCCAGCAGUGCAGCCUCCGCGGCAGGCGUCGAAGACCUCAACAUCGUCCAGGUCACAGUUCCAGAUAACGAAAAGGAAAGAUUGUCAAGCAUCGAGAAAAUAAAACAACUCAGAGAACAAGUCAAUGACCUCUUUAGCCGAAAAUUUGGCGAGGCCAUCGGAGUGGACUUCCCGGUGAAGGUGCCCUACCGGAAGAUCACCUUCAACCCCGGCUGCGUGGUCAUCGACGGCAUGCCCCCCGGGGUGGUCUUCAAGGCCCCCGGGUACCUGGAGAUCAGCUCUAUGCGCAGGAUCCUGGACGCGGCCGAGUUCAUCAAGUUCACGGUCCUCCGGCCACUGCCAGGCCUGGAGCUCAGCAACGUGGGCAAACGCAAGAUCGACCAGGAGGGCCGCGUCUUCCAGGAGAAGUGGGAGCGGGCCUACUUCUUCGUGGAGGUGCAGAACAUCCCCACGUGCCUGAUCUGCAAGCAGAGCAUGUCCGUGUCCAAGGAGUACAACCUGCGGCGCCACUACCAGACCAACCACAGCAAGCACUACGACCAGUACACGGAGCAGACGCGCGACGCCAAGCUGCAGGAGCUCAAGAAGGGGCUGCGCAAGUACCUGCUCGGCAACGCCGACAUGAUGUGCCCCGAGCACCGCCGGGAGCUCGCCCAGGCCCACGCCGCGGAGGAGGCCGGCAUGCCGCCGCCCCCACCGCCCCCGCCACCGCCGCCGCAGCCCCCCGAGGACGUGGCCGGGAACCUCUGGGAGAAGCUGCGGGAGAAGAUCCGGUCCCUGGUGGCCUACUCCAUCGCCAUCGACGAGAUCACGGACAUCAACAACACCGCCCAGCUGGCCAUCUUCAUCCGCGGCGUGGACGACAACUUCGACGUGUCGGAGGAGCUCCUGGACACGGUGCCCAUGACGGGCGCCCGCUCCGGCCACGAGACCUUCCUGCGGGUGGAGAAGAGCCUGAAGAAGUUCCACAUCGACUGGGCCAAGCUGGUGAGCGUGGCCUCCACGGGCACGCCGGCCAUGCUGGACCCCAGCGACGGGCUGGUCACCAAGCUCCGGGGCAAGGUGGCGGCGGCGGCCGGCGGCAAGGGGUCCGAGCUGAAGUCGGUGGGCUGCAUCAUCCACACGGAGGCCCUGUGCGCCCAGCAGCUGAAGAUGGAGCACGUCAUGAGCGUGGUGCUGAGCGCCGUGAACUGGCUGUGCUCGCGGGGCCUGAACCACGGCGGCUUCACCACGCUGCUGUACGAGCUGGACAGCCAGUACGGCAGCCUGCUCUACUACACCGAGCUCAAGUGGCUGGGCCGGGGCCUGGUGCUGCGGCGGUUCUUCGAGUCCCUGGAGGAGAUCGACGCGUUCAUGUCGUCCCGGGGCCGGCCCGUGCCGCAGCUGAGCUCCCCGGACUGGAUCCGCGACCUGGCCUUCCUGGUGGACAUGACCACGCACCUGAACACGCUGACGCUGUCCCUGCAGGGCCACUCGCAGCUGGUCACGCAGAUGCACGACCUGCUGCGCGCCUUCCUGGCCAAGCUGGGCCUCUGGGAAGCCCACCUGGCCAGGAACAACCUGGCCCACUUCCCCACGCUGCGGUCGGUGUCCCGGCGCGAGAGCGACGGCCUGAACUACAUCCCCCGGCUGGCCGACCUCAAGGCCGAGUUCCAGCGGCGGCUGGGCGACUUCCAGCGCUACGAGGCGGAGCUGAGCCUCUUCAGCGCCCCCUUCUCCGCCGCCGUGGAGCGCGUGCAGGAGGCGCUGCAGCUGGAGGUGAUCGACCUGCAGUGCAACACGGGCCUCAGGGCCAAGUUCGAGCAGGUGGGCAUCCCCGAGUUCUACCGGCACCUGUGCGGCAGCUACCCCCGGUACCGGCAGCACUGCGCCAACAUCCUGUCCAUGUUCGGCAGCACCCACGUCUGCGAGCAGCUCUUCUCCAUCAUGAAGCUGAGCAGGACCAAGCUGGGCUCGCAGCUCAAGGAGGCGCCCUGGGAGUCGGUGCUCCACGUGGCCACCUGAGGGCGCGGCCACGGCCCCCCGGGCCAACGGGGACUCUUGGAGUGUUUUUUUUUUUUUUUUUGCUUUUUUUGCUUUUUUGGGUCACACCCGGCGAUGCACAGGCGUGACUCCUGGCUCUGCACUCAGGAAUGACUCCUGGUGGUGCUCGGGGGACCCUUUGGGAUUCUGGGACUCGAACCCGGGUCAGCCACGUGCAAGGCAAACACCCUACCCGCUGUGCUAUAUCGCUCCUGCCCCGGAAAUCUUUCACUAUGUUUUUCUUCUUCCACUUUUCCCCACUCGGACACAGAGAACUUGCAGUAUCGUGUCUGUGCGCCCAGCUCGGCGUCCCCCGAGAGCCCAGUGCAGGAAUCAGGAAAGAUUGAUUGUUCUUUCCAGUCGCUGGUUUUUCCUUUUAUCUUUCUGUUGUUGUUAUUAUUUUUUUUUUUUUGGCGGAGCGCACACCUGUUGGUGCACAGGGGUGACUCCUGGCUCUCUGCUCGGAGAUCUCACCUGCUGGGACUCUGGGGACCAGAUGGGGUGCCACGGAUCGAAUCCUGCUUGAACACAUGCAAGGCAAAGCGCCCCGCCUGCUGUACUACCACUCCGGCCCCUUCUCUCUCUUUCUCUCUGUCUCUGUCUCUCUCUGUCUCUCUGUCUCUCUCUAUCUGUCUCUCUCUAUCUCUCUGUCUCUCCCUCUCUUUCUCUCUCUCUCUCUCUUCCUCUCUCUGUCUCUCUCUGUGUCUCUGUCUCUCUGUCUCUGUCUCUCUCUCCCUCUCUCUGUUUCUCUCUCUGUCUCUGUCUCUGUCUCUCUCUCUCUGUUGUUUUUUGGUUUGGUUUAGUUUUGGGGUCGUUCCUAGUGGUGCUGCAGGGACUGUGCUGUGCCCGGGAUGGCACCUGGCCCCCCUGCAUGCAAGCCCAGACCCAGCCCUGUGGCAUUUCUCCCAACCCCCCGCCCCGGCUCUCCCCAUACCCGACUGUGUUGCUCAUUUCCGUAGCCUGUGGGCACAGGGGCUGACUGUAACCCACAGACUAGAGAACCCCGGGCCCCUCCGUGGAGAGACCCAGGCACGUGUGUGUCCCCACCCCGCGUCCCCUGCGCCCGGUACGCCCUGGGGUUGCGGUGCACCGGUGGCCGAGUGUCCGUGCACCGUGCGUGCCCGGCUCCUCCCGCUCCGCCCCUACAGGAGUCCAGAUAAAAUUCCAGAUGGAAAAACCAACAGCAGAAGCCUCGAAAGGCAGCGCGCGGGGGCCCGGGAACUGUUCAGGUUAAGUGACGGCGGCUGCAUCAGGAGACCUGCAGAUCCGGAGUCGAGACGCUCCGUGCGCGGACUGUGAACAUUGAUUCCUCCGUCCCGUCUGCUCUCCCGGGGCCGGGGAUAGAGCCCGGAGCCUUACACGUGCAGGCGUGUGCUGGGAGACCGGGGAGGGGGCUGACCCCCCGCAAGGACACAGACUCCGUGCUGGGUCCCGCCCGAGCCACCCCCCGCCCUUCCUCUCCCCUCCUCCACGCGUGUGUGUUUGCAGCACUGCCCAUAACCUGCGGGAAAAUGAACGUCCCCGAGUACCUAUAAAGUGUGUAUAAAUGUG